AUGAUGUCAUGCUGCCGCCGAUUAACCGCCGGAUCGGCGGCGCCGCUGGAUUUCCACCGCGGGCAGAAGGAUUCCGCUUCGACGGUGGCGGAAGUCGUCUCCCUCCCUCUCAGAAGGAUUCGUAACCGUCACCUCCUCCAACCGGCAAUUUCACUGAGAGCGGUCUCGAGGAGGGGUUCGGAAUUGUUCCUCGCCGAGGCGGCGGUUGGCGGACACAGCAGAGGCGUGCGGGAACGUCCGGACGGCGGAAACGAGGCGGCGGCGGGGGAAGAGGAGCUGCCGGCAGAGCCUCUCUCGUAUUCCGCCGUCGGGAAUCCAGCGGUGGAGGAGGAGGAGGAUUGCAGAGGAGAUCUGACGACUCCUGAUGCUGCGCCGGCGGAGGCAGGGAUUGCGAGUCGGUUCGGGGAGAGGAAUCGAGCUGUGGAGGUGGCGAUUGCGGCGGCGGCGACGGUGGUGCUAGGGGUGGGGAAUCGGGUGUUGUAUAAGCUGGCCCUCGUUCCUCUCAAGCAUUAUCCCUUCUUUCUCGCGCAGCUCGCCACCGUCGGGUAUGUCCUUGUGUAUUUUACCAUAUUGCAUUUCCGGCACCGUGCUGGCAUUGUGAGCAAUGAGAUGCUUUCGUUGCCUAAAGGUCCAUUCAUUCUUGUUGGAAUCUUGGAGGCUCUUGGAGCUGCUACUGGAAUGGCAGCAGCAGCAAACCUUUCUGGAGCAUCGAUUCCAGUUAUAUCUCAGACCUUCCUUGUGUGGCAGAUUUUUAUGUCAGCUGUCUUCCUUGGAAAGAGAUACAAAAUCAAUCAAUUACUAGGGUGUUUCCUUGUUGCUAUUGGUGUCAUUAUAACUGUAGCCAGUGGAUCUAGUGCUGGCCAUUCGUUGAAAGAAGCCGGUAUUUUUUGGAGUCUUUUAAUGAUACUCUCGUUUCUGUUCCAAGCUGCCGAUACUGUACUCAAGGAAACUAUUUUCCUGAAAGCUAAGCAUCGUUUAAAGGGAGGAUCAGUAGAUAUUUUCGUGGUCAACUCCUUUGGAUCUGCUUACCAAGCUUUGUUCAUCUGCCUACUUGUGCCUUUCAUGUCCAAGCUAUGGGGAAUACCGUUCAGCCAGCUUCCGAGCUAUCUCAAAGAUGGGGCAGCUUGCUUUCUAAACAUCGGUAGUUUGUCAAGUGGAUGUGAAGGGGCUCCAUUGCUACCUCUGCUGUUCAUAAUCGUGAACAUGGGGUUCAACAUAUCGUUGCUCCACCUGCUCAAGAUAUCAUCCGCUGUUGUAUCUUCACUUGCUUCCACAUUUUCUGUGCCGAUAUCGGUGUUCAUGUUCACGCUGCCAUUGCCAUAUAUCGGAGUGGCAUCAACCCUGCCAAAGGGCUUUGUUGGGGGAGCCAUCAUCCUUGUUCUAGGCUUGCUCAUCUAUGCUUGGACGCCAAAGCCUCGUCCAGCCAGUCAUUCUUCUUCGGCAGCAGCAGCUUCCUCUCCUAGCUAA